AUGCGGACGCAAACCGCUGGUGAGGACGGGGCUCCAGAGGGAUGCCCGACGGGAGGCGGUUCCUCCAGGCGGGCUCGCUCCCUGCCACGGAAGCUGCGCUCUGCCCGUGGGCGUCACACCCUCGCCGUGCCUGCCCGGCUGGCUUUCGUACGGGAGCAGCGCCGGCGAAGGGAGGCCAGAACGACGGUGGCGCUGCUGGUGGGCAACGAGCCCGCCUUCGUCUGGGCCUGGAUCGGGCUGGCCAAGCUGGGCGCCGUGCCGGCCUUCCUGGGCACCGCGUUGCGCCCGGCCGCGCUGCUCCACUGCCUGCGCGCCUGCGGCGCCCGCGCGCUGCUGGCCUCGGACGAACUUUUUGAAGCCGUGGCUCCGGUCCUUCCCACGUUGGAGGAAAUGGACGUUGCGGUCUGGGUGAUGGGAAAGGGGCCCUAUCCACGGGGCGUGAGCAGCCUUCAGGAUCUCCUGGAGGAAGCUUCAGAUGAGCCGGUUCCUUACGACCUCUCCACCCCCAGCAACCUGACGGACACCUGCCUGUAUAUCUUCACUUCGGGGACUACAGGUCUGCCCAAGGCUGCCUGCAUCAGCCACUUGAAAGCCAUCCUCUGCUUAGGAUUUUACAGGCUGGUUGGGGCUUCCAGCUCGGACGUCAUCUACCUGGCGCUGCCGCUCUAUCACAUGUCCGGCAGCCUUUUGGGCAUCCUCGGCACGUUCGGCCUCGGCGGCACCUGCGUGCUGAAGAAAAAGUUCUCAGCCAGCCAGUUUUGGCCUGACUGCCGGACUCACGGGGUGACCAUCUUCCAAUACAUUGGGGAGCUCUGCCGGUACCUGGUCAAUCAGCCCCAGAGCCCCGGUGAUCGGGAGCAUGGCCUGCGCAUGGCCGUGGGCAGCGGGAUGCGGCCGGAUGUCUGGCGGGAAUUCCUCCGCCGCUUUGGAGAUGUGCAGGUGGUCGAAACGUACGGCAUGACCGAAGGCAACGUCAGCCUCUUUAACUACACCGGCACCGUGGGGGCCGUGGGGCGCGCCUCUUGGAUUUAUAAGGUCUUCAGCCCCUUUGAGUUGGUUCGUUUCGACGCCGUCCAAGGGGGUCCGCUAAGAGACGAGGCUGGCCGAUGCCAGCGCGUGGAUCCAGGGGAACCAGGACUUCUGAUUGCUCCGGUGACAUCUCGAAGCCCCUUCCUCGGAUACGCCGGUGGGCGUGAACUGUCCGAAGCGAAGCUCCUGCGUGGCGUCUUUGCCAACGGAGACGUUUAUUUUAACUCGGGGGACUUGAUGGUGCAAGAUGCUGAAGGGUUUAUCAGCUUUUGGGACCGUACGGGAGACACCUUCCGUUGGAAAGGUGAAAACGUUGCCACGACGGAAGUCGGUGAGAUUCUGAGCACGCUGGACGGUCUGCGGGAAGUCACGGUUUACGGCGUGGCGGUCCCAGGGCACGAAGGCCGAGCUGGCAUGGCCACGGUGGUGCUGCAGCCGGGGCGAGACUUCGAUGGCGCCCACGUCUACCAUCACGUGGCCGAGCGCCUUCCGCCCUUCGCCUGGCCUCGCUUCCUGCGCAUACAGGGUCAGCUGGAAAUGACCGAGACCUUCAAGCGGAAGAGGUUUCGCCUCGUGGCCGAAGGGUUUAACCCCACCCAGAUCUCGGACCCCCUCUUCUUCCUGGACGUGGCCGCUAAGACCUACAUCCCUCUGACCCCCGCCGUCUGGAAGAGGAUUGUCGCGGGAGAGGUCCGGUUAUAAGACACGCUCAAUUCCCCGUGCACAAUCACGCCUCUGCGGCACCGGAGGCUCGCGGGGUUGGGGGGCAGCAUUGUGCCCAAAUUGCCCACCCCUUGGCCUGGCAUGUUACCCCCUUCCCAACUCCUUUACCUCCAUUCUUGCCCCCCCCCCCGUCUCCUCUGACGGUGUCUCUUCCUUGUUACGCAGCCACUUUUCACCCGCCGGGCACUCGCCUUGUGAUGUUUCUUGCAACCCGGAACCGGAUUCCCUGAUCUUAUUUUUGCAGCAAGGCAUUUAACAUCUGGGGGAGAUGGGCGGCAUAUACAUUUCAUAAAUAAAUAAAAUCUAUGCAUCUUCCUUUUUUGUAUGACCCCCCCGCCCCCGUCUGCCCCCAAGGGGCACAAACACCCACUGGGCUGGGCGGUUUUCUCUCUGGAUGCUGGAAAUUAAAUUCAUUUCGUUUCGACACCUUAAAGCAGGGCAUCUCUGGAGCUGGGAGAAAUCAUUCGUAACCCGCUCGAUUCUACUCUCUGUAUUAAAUUCCUGAUUUGGAUCUUCUCCGAGGUUCAGUGGCCAAGAAUCAGCUUUGGGGACCGAACGGAUUAUAGUUAUGGUUGGAGCUGUUGGCUCAAGGUUGGUUCCAUUUUAGAGGCUGGGAAAACUGAGGUCCAGGGAGGAGUCUUAAGCUGAGGCAGUGUUUCUCAACCUUGGCGACUUGAAGAUGGGUGGACUUCAACUCCCAGAAUUCCCCAGCCAGCCAUGGAUCCAUACGAAAUCCAGUAGAUAAUUCGGAGUGUAGAUUUCUUUUCUGUGAUUUAUUUUCUCUUAAUAGCUAUGCAAAAGUCAGUAAAGGGAUCUGGCUGAUGCGUCCAGUGUUUUUGCACCCUGGGACCUGAAGCAACCCCUGUUUUCUCCCCCUAAGCCAUCAGCAGCCUACCUCACAAGGCGAGUUUUCUCUUACAGUCUUGCUUGGCAGGCCAGAUAAAUCUAUCUUGCCAGGGCAGCUUGGGGGGAAAUCAGGGCCUGUAAAUCAGCCGUACUGUCUGUUUCGAAGCUGGGGUGGUGGUGGUGGUGGUGAAAAUUUGGUAUUUUUAUUGUAUUUUGGGAUACUUUUGAUCCAAUAAAAAGACUUUGUCAGCC